UGCUGCCGUGGCGAUAGAGAUCGAGGCGUAGAACAGCACGCACGCAGGCAGCCGUCCACUUCGUCUUCUCCAAUAGACCAGACCAAAACCAAAUCCCGCAAAAUCCAAUCCGACCUGCAGCACGCAAUCCCGCGGAACACCUGCCCAUCGGUCUCUCCGCCUGGUUUCUCCCGUCAGAUUCUCUCAAGCUCGACCGCGUGCCCCGGCCGUCUACAUCUUGCGUUCUUCUCGCAGAUCGGCGGCUAGUUCCGACAGCGCCAGUUAGCGCUGCGGCAAGAUCUGAUUUUCUUCCUUUUGAUCCUCGAUCGUUGUUGCGGGCGAGCGAGAGAUGGCUGGGGGAGGGAACAGGAGGGGCGCGGGCUCGGAGGAGGUGAGGAUCGGCACCGGCAACGUGUUCGCGGCGCUCGAGACCCUCAAGAAGAAGAAGAAGCCGAAGAAGCAGGCGCCGGAGCCGGUGAAGCCCGAGGUGGUCUGGGCGCCCGCGCCGCUCACCACCAAGUCCUGGGCCGACGUCGAGGAUGACGACGAUGACGACUACUUCGCCACCACCGCGCCGCUGCGCCCUCUGUCGGAGGCCCGGGAGGACGACGCGGCUGCCGGCCACGAGGACGACCAGGAGCACUCUGCCCUUGAACAGGAAAUUGAGAGUGAAGAUGAUAGCCUUGAUGAUGAGGUUGAUCCUGCCGCUGAGGAUGAACACGAGGCAGGAGAUGAUGCCCCUUCCGAGCCGGCAGUUCCGAAAGCUGUAGCUCCACUUGCAGCGCCCAAAGAAACUGAAAGGCAGCUCUCCAAGAAGGAGUUAAAGAAAAAAGAUAUGGAAGAGCUUGAUGCAGUAUUGGCUGAGUUCGGAAUUAAUGCUACUCAAGAUGAAACAAAUGAUAAGAAAAGUACUGAUGAAGAGAAAAAGGAAGAUGUGCCCGCUCCUCUAGAGAGCAAGACCUCCAAGAAGAAGAAAGCUAAGAAAGACAAGUCUUCAAAGGAGGCAAAGGAAGCACAUGAUCAGAAUGACGUGGCCAACGAUGCUGCUGGGGCAGAACUUGAUGAAGACACUGCUCCAGUGGAUGUCAGGGAACGCAUAAAGAAGGUAGCGUCGAUGAAGAAAAAGAAGUCGAGCAAAGAGUUGGACGCAGCAGCAAAGAUUGCAGCAUCUGAGGCAGCAACCAGGAGAGCAAAGCUUGCGGCAGCAAAGAAGAAAGAGAAGAACCACUACAACCAGCAGCCUGUGCGUUGAAUGAAUUUUUAGGAUACUGUGUGCAUCACUUGGACGUAGGCGCCUCUGAUGCGGGUCUAAUGGACUUCUGUGUCGCUGGAGUGAACAUGGUGUAAUGAGCUCGGAAUUGCUCAUCACAGGAACCCUUUUGGAUGCAUGGUAAAUGUGGAUAUUUCGUACCUGGUUUGUUUCGUA